UGGCUGGGGUUGUGAGGAGACGCGCGGCGCGGAGGCGGACGGUGGGCGGGCGGUGAGGCGACCGGGAUGGUGGAAGACUGACGCAUGACGCAGAUCCAGGAUUCAACUUGGAAUCAUAUCCCUCCAGCCUAAAAUACAGCUUUCCCCAUCACUUUGCAUCUGUAUAUUGGUUUGUGCCUUAUCACCAGUAGAUCAAGGAGAAGGGUUAAAUACUUUAAGAUGAGAAACAUUGAUGUUUGUUUGAGCUCUGAAGGGACUGAAGUGAUUUUAGCUACAUCAAGUGAUGAAAAACACCCACCUGAAAAUAUAAUUGAUGGAAAUCCAGAAACAUUUUGGACCACCACAGGAAUGUUUCCCCAGGAGUUCAUUAUUUGUUUUCACAAACAUGUAAGGAUUGAAAGGCUUUUAAUCCAGAGUUACUUUGUGCGGACCUUGAGGAUUGAAAAGAGCACCUCUAAAGAGCCAGUUGAUUUUGAGCAGUGGAUUGAAAGAGAUCUGGUACAUACAGAGGGGCAGCUUCAAACUGAAGAAAUUAUGGAAUUUGGUUCAUCAGACAGCAGUGACGGCCACCGUGUAGGUCAUAAGAAAGCUUUUGCUUCGGUAUACAGCUUAAUCAAGGACGUGACUAUACAUGAAAACAACUGAUAAUACAUUGUGUCCCCACAGUAUCUAACAUAGUACCCUUCAGAUAUCAGUGCAUUAAUUUUUAAUUUUAUUGAUUGAUUAAUGCAAAGGGCUAAGGGAGAAAUAUGGAAAACAAACAAUGUACGAGUUCAAAGAAAGUAUUUAUGGUAUGGUUUCUUUGAGAUCAUGGAACUUGAACUGGGCCCUGUAGGACAAAUCAUUUUAUUUUCUCUCUUUAUUUUGUUUUGAUUUCAAGACCUCAGAGAAGAGUUAGGAAACAUAUAAUCUUACUUCCCUGAGACAACCAUUAUUGAUAUUAUUUGAUUUUCUUUAUAUUUUGGGAAGGUAAGGAACAGGAUAGGACAGAUUCGGGUGGGGAUAUAAGACUUCUCUGAAUAUAUCUUAUUAUACAACUUGAAUUUGAAAACAUAAAUAACUAAUAUAGCCAAAAGUUAAAAUUAAAAAGCAAUUCCAAAAUACUGAAAACAACAGAAAUGCAUGAACCUAACUCUGUUACAAUUGAUAAAAUAAACCCACAGGAAAAAAAAAUGGCAUUAGAAUAUAGUAUUUUAUCUGUGCAGUCUAUGUUUCUUAUAGCUGCUGUAAUAAAAUACCACAAACUUGGUAGCUUAAAACAAUAGAAAUCUAUUCUCUCAGUUCUGGAGGCUAGAAGUUGGAAAUCAAGGUAUUGGCAGGGUUUGUUCCUACCAGAGUUCUGAGGGAGAAUAUGUUCCAUGCCUUUCUCUUAGCUUCUGGUGUUUCUGGCAGUUUUUGGCAUUCCUUGACUUGUGGCACCAUAGCCCCUGUUUCUGCCUCCAUCGUCAUAUGGCAUUCUUUCUGUGUUUCUCCACAUCAUCUUCCCUCAAUGCAUAUUCUGUGUCUUCUCCUCUUCUUACAAGGACACUCAUAUUGAAUUAAAGGUGCACCCUACUCCAGUAUUAUCUCAUCUUAACUAAUUACAUCUGCAAUGAUCCUGUUUCCAAGUAAGGUUGCAUUCACAGGUACCAGGGGUUAAGAUUUCAUCAUAUCUUUUGGGAGACGCAGUUCAAGCCACAACGCAGUCUUAGUGAAAUAUAUAUGUGAUAGUUAACUUUAUGUAUCAUAUUGACUGUGUCACAAAGAUAUUUGUUCAGACAUUAUUCUGGAUGUUUCUGUGUAGGUAUCUUUUAGAUGACAAUAAUAUUGGUGGACAUUGAGUAAAGCAGACUGCCCUCCAUAAUGUGAGUGAGCCUCAUCCAUCAGUUGAAGACGUUAGUAGAACAAAGAUUGACCUCCCCUGGUCAAGAAAGAAUUCUGCCAGCAGAUGGGCCUUCAGACUUAUAUUGCAAUAUCAGCUCUUCCCUGGGUCACUGACCAACCCUACAAAUUUUGGAUUUGCCAGCUUUCUUGUUAUCACAUGAUACUUUCUUGCCAGUCUCAGCAUUCUAAAAAAGUAGCAAAAGAGGGACAGCCACAAAGUGCCAACACUUUGAGUCUCUGCUUGUAUUAUAUUUGCUAUUGUCCUGUUUCCCAAAUCAUGUUAUAUGGCCAAGCCCAGAGUCAGAACAAGAGGGGUCUACCCAAGGGCAUGGAUAUAAGGAGGUGUGACUAAAU